AUGGCCGAUGCUACGCAAGGGAGUUCGCGUGGCAUUCGGAAACCGCGAAAAUCCCGCGGCCGUGGAUUGCGGGCCACCACUGGAUGUCUGAUCUGCAAAAAGCGUCAUGUCAAAUGCGACGAGGCUCGCCCACAAUGCGGUCCGUGUGCCAAAGGCAAGCGUGACUGUGUCUAUGGCACUGGCACCACGAGUGAUCCUCAAGCUCCUGGCUCGGGGCCAACCACUGCUCCUGCUCUCGCCAUCCAUAAACCUCCCUCAAUAGAGCACCUGCCGGUGCGAAGCCAAGUGCAUGAGCCGCUACAAGUCCUGGUCGAUGCUUGUCAGCAUCAACGUCCCGCACCCGAAACACGGCCCUUGGCUCGUUCCGCCUCCAUAUCAGCAUCGCCAGGUGUCUCAACGAGCCAGACACUGACACCGGCCUUUCCAUCCCAUCAAAGUAACCAUCUCACUUCGCCACCGUCGACCCACGAUUUAGCACCGUCUCCUGCAACAGAUUCCUCCGUCUCCUCGAGACUGGCCCCUCUCAGCUGGUUCGAGUUAUUGGCUAAUGAUGCCGUCAAUGCGGAUCGCAGUCUGGUCCUGUCUCCUGCCCCAGGGGACCAUCCCGCCGGAGCAGUAUCCUUAAACAACUUCUUCCCACGCUCCAAAAGGGAGUGCGAGAGUUUUCAGGCUGCAGCUUUCAGACGCGACCCGGAGCUGGAGAACCGACUACCCACGUCAACCACCGACCAGCAGCCCGUCCGGCCCGAUCACCCUUCGUCAUGGUCCACCCCGGCUCCAAUCGAGUUGACGGAAUUGGAGCACCUGCUCUUUGGCCACUUCGUGCGGAAUGUAAGCCGCUGGUUCGACUUCUACGACCCCGGGCGCCACACAGCAUCGAUAGUCCCUCAGCUUGCCGUAAGAAACACGGGGUUGAUGAAAGCCCUUCUGGCUCUUUCAGCCCGCCACCUGUCAAUUUGGCAUGCUAGAAAAGACCAAGGACGGGGUGCCGGUUUCGCUAUGCCUGGGUCGUCGAAGAGUUUUGCGGAUUUCCCGGCCGUGGAUCGCCACCUUGCCGUCCAGUAUUACUAUGAAACCUUGAAUUACCUCAACAAAGCGAUGCAGUACCCGAGCUACGCAUCCAGUCGCGAGCUGAUAUCCACUGCCUUGCUGAUCAGCACGUACGAAAUGGUGGAUGGAUCCAACAGUGACUGGGAACGACAUCUGAAGGGGGUGUUUUGGAUACAAAGAUUCCAAAACAACAACGGCGAUUGCGGUGGCCUGCGUCAAGCGAUCUGGUGGAUUUGGCUGCGACAAGAUGCCUGGGUGGCAAUGCGCCAACGGCGGCGUCUGUUCAGUUUCUGGAAACCCGAGCGGCCCAUCUCCUCCCGGACCGCCCCCGAGCUAGCUUGCUUUGCAUCUUAUCUGCUCGCCCAAUGCAUCAACUACGCUUCUCAGGAAGAAACGGUGUCGAAUGACAUACAGAGUCGGCUGGAAAGAGGUAACGAGCUACUCUGUAUGCUGCAGGAGUGGCAGGAUUAUCUGCCGGCGGAAUUUAACCCCCUUCCCACUGUACAGUACACGGAUGUCUUCCCACCCAUAUGGGUCCAUCCUCCCCCGUACGCGGCUGCUUUGCAGAUCCAUAGCCUCGCUAGAAUCCUUGUUAUCUCCCACCGCCCCCCGACCGGUGACUUCCAGGAUUACCGGGCGGCACAGAAGAUUCUGACGACCGCUGUGAACACCAUUUGCGGCAUUGCGCGGACCGUAGCGGAGGAUGAACUUGCCGGUGGACUGACGGCGCUUCAAUGCUUAUUUGGGGCGGGAAUGAGCGUUCACGCCCCUGAUAAACGAGCCGCACUACUGGAAUUGAUCGAUAGAUUCGAGCGGCUAGUGUGCUGGCCCAGUUAUUCGCUUCGGGAUACCCUCGAGGCGGAGUACGCAAAAGAAAGCCUGGCUGGGUCCGUGGGAUGA